CGGGACAUACCGGCCGAAGGCGACUAAACCUAGCAAACCAAACCCCCACCUCCCACCUCCCCGGAGCCGCCGCGCCGCCGCCGGAGCGAGCCAGUGAGCGAUGGCCGGGACGGGCGGAAGAACCGGCGAGCCGGAGGCCACCGGAGUGGAGGCAGCCUCCGCCCCAGAGCGCUCCGAAUCCAGCCGAUGCAUGCCGUUCGAGGACUGCGUCGCCGGCAUCAAGUCGUCUCUCAAAAAUCCGACGGUGCGGUUCCUGAUGGAGCGGAUGGAUAAGGCCGGCUGCCCGAUGCCGCCGGGGAUGAUCACGGCGAGGAACUGCGGGACUGCCGAUAAGAAUGGUUCCUACGGUUCCCGGAUAGGGAUAACGGUUUGCUGUGAAGAAAUACGAUAUAAAGAUGAGAUAACUCAGCUAUUAAUUCACGAAUUAAUACAUGCCUAUGAUGAUUGUGUUGUCAAGGACAUGGAUUGGAAGAACUGUGCUCACCAUGCUUGCUCCGAGGUAAUAAAUUCUUACCAUAUUCGAGCUAACCACCUUAGUGGUGACUGCCAUUAUAAACGUGAAUUGUUGCGUGGCUUCAUGAAGAUGAGGGGGCAUGAGCAAGAAUGUGUUAAACGGCGGGCUCUGAUGUCUCUCAGGAACAACCCACACUGUUCAGGGACAGCUGCAAAAGAUGCAGUUGAGGCUGUAUGGAGUAUAUGCUACAAUGAUACACGCCCAUUUGAUAGGGCUCCAUGAUAUUAUUGGCAACAUUACAAGAAGCCAUGAAUUAAGAUUGUGCACCCCUGCUGGGGAUAAUUUUGUUCCCCUUCAGUCAAUUGUAGUUAAGCAAAGAACUUAUUUUUUUGCUGGAGCAAAGCUGUAUUAGGCUAUAAGUCAUGACUCGAGUUCAUGAACAUUGUAGUGAAUUAGCUCAUAUGAUGAUUCUAUUAUCUUUUGCAUUACAUAGUUGGACAAAGUAUAAUAAGCUCCUAGAAAAGACUUGUGCCAUGGGUUACUUCUUCAUGAGGUAAACGCUACUGUCUUGUUCGAGGUGUUUCUGUUUUUGCUUCUCUUCUGAAAUUCAAAACAUGUGUAAAUGCGUA